AAAAAACAAAAAGAGAAGAAAUUUCUGAAUUUUGGAGGAUUCUUUCUGGGGUUCUUGAUUAGAUCUCUGAUUUUGGGUUGCUCGAUUUUACGAUAUAAAAGGGUGUAAUUUUGCCCGAAAUUUUAGAAUUUUAUUGUUGCAUUUCAUUCUUGACGGAAUUUGAAUUCCUACGUGGGGUAGGUGCUUCUGCCUUUCUGGUCCCGUGGUCGUGCUUGCUGGUUUGAUCUGAGUUGGAAUUCAUGGAGAUGAAAGAUAUUGCUUUUCUGAGGCAGAAUUCAGGGUUUCCUGUUUUGGUUUUCUCCCGGAUUGGGGUGAGGAUUUAAUCGCCAUGUGUUAGGGUUCGUUUUCGGCUUGUUUUGCUUUUCUUCGGGCAGGGGUUAGAUUACGAUAAGGGGUUAGGGUUUUGUCCGAGUUGAAGAGUCGGAGAUAUGGUUCGAUCCGAUGGUUUUAAUUCAUUGCCUACACCGUCGCCGCCUCCGGCGGAGCAGAAGCAGCCUCCAAAGCAGUGGGGAGUGACGAGACCUUUGUCGCAUGCGGGGCCCUCUGAGGCGGAUAUUCAGAGAACUAGGGACUUGGAAAAGUUUUUGGUGGCUUCCGGACUUUAUGAGAGUGCAGAAGAAGCGGCCAAGAGGGAAGAAGUUCUGGACAGACUUAAACAGAUUGUGAAAGACUGGGUGAAAGAACUUACUCGUUUGAGGGGGUACACUGAUCAAAUGGUGGAAGAUGCCAAUGCUUUGAUUUUUACUUUUGGUUCUUAUCGUCUCGGGGUCCAUGGUCCUGGAGCUGACAUUGAUACUUUGUGUAUUGGACCAAAAUAUGUUAGUCGAGAGGAAGACUUCUUUUAUGUACUUCAUAACAUAUUAGCUGAAAUAGAGGAAGUCACUGAACUCCAACCAGUACCUGAUGCUCAUGUUCCAGUUAUGAAAUUCAAGUUUGAUGGGAUAUCAAUUGAUCUUCUCUAUGCAAGUAUUUCUCUAUUGGUUGUCCCAGAUGAUCUGGACAUCUCAAAUAUAUCCGUAUUGGAAGACAUAGAUGAACCCACUGUACGGAGUCUUAAUGGCUGUCGUGUAGCAGAUCAAAUUCUCAAGCUUGUUCCAAACAUUGAGAACUUCCGGACAACUCUGCGAUGUCUAAAGUUCUGGGCUAAGAGACGUGGUGUUUAUUCAAAUGUGACGGGAUUCCUUGGUGGUGUGAACUGGGCUCUUCUUGUAGCUCGGUUGUGCCAAUUUUAUCCUAAUGCAAAUCCCAGUAUGCUAGUGUCUCGAUUUUUCAGAGUAUAUACGCUCUGGCGCUGGCCAAAUCCUGUGAUGCUUUGUGAAAUAGAGGAUGAUGAACUUGGAUUUUCUAUAUGGGAUCCUCGGAAAAAUCCUUGGGACCGUAAUCAUCUCAUGCCAAUCAUAACCCCUGCCUACCCUUGCAUGAAUUCUAGUUACAAUGUUUCAGCAAGUACUCUUCGGGUUAUGAUGGAACAGUUCCAGUUUGGUAGAGAGAUUUGCGAGGAUAUCGAGCUGAAUAAAGCGCAGUGGAGUACUUUGUUUGAGCCAUAUUUAUUCUUUGAAAGCUAUAAAAAUUAUCUGCAGGUUGACAUUAUUGCUGCGGAUCUUGAUGACUUGCGUGCUUGGAGAGGUUGGGUUGAAUCCCGGCUGCGGCAGCUAACUCUGAUGAUAGAGCGCGACACAUGUGGGAAAUUACAAUGUCAUCCUUAUCCACAUGAUUAUGUGGAUUCUUCAAAGCAUUGUGCCCACUGUGCCUUUUUCAUGGGUUUACAAAGGAAACAAGGAGAGGUUAUCCAAGAAGGUCAACAAUUUGACAUCCGCCAGACUGUUGAUGAGUUUAGGCAUCAAAUAAAUUCAUAUAUAUACUGGAAGCCUGGGAUGGAAAUAUAUGUUUCUCAUGUUCGUAGAAAGCAACUUCCCCCUUAUGUAUUUCCAGAGGGUCACAAAAGAAGCCGACACAUUAGGCUCAUGAGUCAGCAACAGGUUGAUAAGGUGUCUUCUGAUGGCAGUGACGCCUGCAGGUCUGAUUCUGCUGAAAGAGUUAUAAAACGCAAAAAGCAGGUUGAUUUGCCAGAGUUGGAGGAGAGGCGAGAGAAACGGCAAUCUAUUAGCCCUCAGAAGCAAGGUCUUUCUCCUGAAAAUAUUUGUUCCAGAGUUGCUGGCGGAUUGACGGAGUGCUCCUCUGCUAUGUCUGGAACAAUGAAAGAAGUUGCUGCAACAAAUGAAUCAUGCACACUCAUGGAUGGAAGGGCACCAGAAGCAGUCUCAUUUAACUCGAGGCAUGUGUGCACUGGAUCUAGUAUGCGUAUGCUGCAGCUGGUUGAUAGGGAUAAAGAGUUACCUGAUGAUUCAAAAACAUCAAACCAGGAAAAACACUGUGCAGAAAAUUCAGAUACUUGUUGCAAUUCAAGUUCUAGUAAUUCUUCCUAUGGAAGCAGCAGUUAUAGUGGCUUGGAGGUAAACAAAAAUGGAUCUUUGCUUGAUGAUUCAUAUAAGGCUGGUGCGCCGCUGCUCUUGGAUAAUGGAUGCAAUAAAGAAUCCUCGGUUUUGGGGGAUGCACUACUUGAGUUAGAGCCUCAUGCUGCUCUUGCAAUGAUGCUGAAAUCCGGAGAUGGCGUAGGGUCUGAACCUGUUCAGGAGAACGUUAUGAGCAGGUUGAGUCUUACCUCCACCGCGUGAAUGAGAAGACCAGACCCGUAUAAUGGUUGAUGAGCACCGUGUCUUGUAACUGAAAGCCAGCAGCUCCAGUAAGUAUCAUCCUCGAUGCUGGCUUUCAUAUCUUUCUUAUUCUCCAGAAAAGCUGACUUUUUGAUCCUCUGAGAGGAAAACAAAAACUAAGCAGCAGCAGUAACAAUUUCAAGAUUCCCCUAGGAUUGGCUUAGAUGCUUUGUACAGUUUCCAGCUUCUAAAGCACAUCAUGGUCUGAACGUUAUUGACAACACUAGCGUCGUUGAACUAUACAUUGUUCUGUUGCAUGGGUGUCGGAAUGGUGUGCUAAUGUUGUGCUGCUAUUGACAGAAAUAUAUUUCUUUGCAUAUUACAGUGGAUUUUUUGGACUAAAUUUAGGACGUGAAGUCUUUUCUCAUUGGUUCAUGAGAUUUUACUCGGCUUAUUGUAUUUACAAUGAAACUUCAGUUGUAAAUUACUUAUACCAUUUAACGACCUUCAUUUCUUUA